ACAUAUAGAAUUUUGUUUACUAUCUUUUUGAGUCUUGCCACAUGUCAAGUUUCAUUUGAAAAAGAACAUUUGUCUACCAAAUAAUAAAAUAAACAUGGAGAUUAAACUUAUGCUUGCCAUUGUUUUCCUGUGUACUGCAGUGAUUUCUGCAACUGCUGGGUCUAAUAGAAGCUUGGAAGUAAAUCUUCAAUCACUUCUUCAAUCAGUUGGGAACCAUAUAGACAACAUUGAAUCUCAGAUUUCAAAUCUUAAGGACUUUGACAAAGAUACUGGAUCAAGACUAGCAAUGAAUACAAAUGAAACAAACAUUCUAAGAGAUGCUCAAAGUACAAAUAUGAAACGCUACCAAGAAACAUCAAACAAAUGUAUAGAAAAAACUGAUAGUUUAACACAGAAGUAUGAAAUCUUAUUGAAAAAAUAUGAGGCAUUGGAAACAAAGAUAAGCAAACUAAAUCAAUGUCCAACUAGCUGGUUCCCUUAUAUGAACUCCUGUUACAUAUUGAAGAAAGAAGCAGCAGAUUGGUACCAAGCUCAGGAAUGGUGUCAGAAAAAUGAAGCAAAACUUGUGGAGUACAGUGACAUGGAUGAAGUGACCUUUGUUUUAUCAAAAGCUAAAGCUGAUCAUUACUGGGAUACUAGUAAUUGGGUUGGAUUCUGGGUUGGAGCUAAUGAUCUACAGAAAGAGGGAGUUUUCAAAUGGAGUACAAGUCGCAUCCGAGUACACUUGGAGAACUGGUUACCAGGGCAACCAGACAAAAUUUCUAGUGAAGAAGACUGCAUGCAGACACUGGUUAAUCAACAAGGCAAAUGGAAUGAUGCUCCAUGUGACAGGAAACUUAACUUUAUGUGUGAAAAGUAAGGUUUCAAACCAAUACUUGUACAUUUACAAGGGCUGUCCCAAAAAGUCAUGGACAACAACAUUUAAAUAUAAAAUAGUUAUAACAGGCUUCUUGAAGUUUUUAUUGAUAUUUAAUAAGUCAUUGUUGAGUGUCAUCAGUUGUUUGUGCACAGUCAGCAAGAUCAAGAUAUCAUUUAAUUUGAUAACACAGAACAAAUAAUAAGACUAUCUUGUGACGUGAUGCCACCUACACUCCAAAAUCAUAAUUAAGUUAUGUGACAUUAUUCAAACAUUUCUCAGUUUUAAAGUAUCAACAUUGUGUAGUAGUAUAUACUUCUGAUGCCUAUUCACCUAAUUAUAGGAGACACCGAUUGUCUUCUGAAAUUCUUAAUAGUCAUUUUUUUAUAUUCUAAAAUUUCUGAGAGACUUCAAACUGUUUUAUGUCUAAAUAAUGUUUUCAACUUUCACCACUGUUUAUGAUCGCUCAACUAUGGGCAUCCUAAUUUUGAUUUUUUGUCACCUGUAAUAAAGACAAUUUCAAGCUAAUACUUGCAUUACAUUGUAGUAAUUUUCCACAGAUUUUUACCCUUUUGUUACAUGAGAGUUCAUGUAUGUAUCAUUCAGCACUAAAGCAGAAAUUGAUUUCCAUUUGCUGGGCCUCAUUAGCAUCAAAUGUUGUAUUUAAGCAUGCUUAUAUGAUCACAGUAUGAAUAAAAGAAGUACUGUUAAGAUGUAUGUCUUGCAAUUUCCCUGAAAUUUAGGGAAUAGAUAUUAAUUCUGAGUGCAUUCUUGUCGAUUAAUGCAUGGUUUGAGUUCAAAUGUGUAGUAAUACAAUCACGAAGGCCGAUAGAGUGAUUAAUUACAAAGCAUUUGAACGAAAAAACGUGCAUUAUUAUACAAUAAUACACGAAGAAUUAACACUUAUUUCCAUUCUUACUUGUCAAGAAAAAAUUUAAUAAUUAUUAUAUAGUUGGACUUUAUGUUUGGUGCUUAAAUUUGUUUUUCGCCUCAGAGUUUCCAAUAGAAAAGUUCUUUAAUUAAAGGCUGUUCCAGUGGGUUGAAUAAAACAACUGUCGUUAAAUCUACUGUGUGUUGAACAUGGAAUUUUGAAAAUGUCAGUGGGUUGAAUAAAACAACUGUCGUUAAAUCUACUGUGUGUAGAACAUGGAAUUUUGAAAACGUCGAUAAUACUUUGUUUAUUUUAUUUCACUACUGGGAUCCUACAUAUUACCGGACAAAAUAUGAUGUUUUUUCGCUGUAACUUUUAUUUAAAACAAUAAAAAAGAAUGGAAUUUUACCCAAAUAAUUUUGGGUUCUUAAUACAAGUAAACAUUACUUUAACAAACAUGAAAUUAAACAUUUGACGGCAGAAAUGUGUCUUUAAAGUAGGGCAUUUUAAGAGAGAAAAAAUCCUGUAGACAGCUCAAUUUACCGGACACUGUGUUUCAAGUUUUUUAAAGUCCUGAAUUGAAAUUAAUCUUUAAAUAAUCAGCAAGGAAACUACAUGUACAACUAUUGAAAGGCAAGGUUAAGAUACUGAAAAAAAACAUUAUGUCACUAAAAUAAGACACUGCAGCCAUGCUUGUAACGAAGAGGUCAAUAUAUGGGGUGUAAUUGAAAUUAACACUAUUAACGCAAUUAGUGUAUUGACUCUUAAUGAAACUUAAACGUAUAAAACAUUUUGAUAUUUAAAUGGAAUUCUGUUCUUUGUCAUACAGUUUCUUUUUGGUCAUCAUGUAGCAUGCUACAAAAGCCAAAAAUUAUUUUAUUUACAUUUCUGAAAUGUAAAUUCAUGUAGAGAUUCCUCCCAUGGGCGUAACCCGUUUUCUUAUAUGUUUUUUAAUGUGCAUUUCAUUGUAAAAGACAACAACGAGAUACUCUUUGGACUAAAUUUAAAAUUACUUUUUAUUAUUAAAAUAUGUUUCGAUUGUCUCUUGAGAUAACGUGGAGAAGAAUUAAAAGUAAAACCUAUCUAAAAUAACCCAUUAAGGGCCUCUUUAUUCUGGCAUGCGCAGAACAGAUUGUUCCCCCGCAUGACCAGGUCAUGAAAUAAUUAGUAAACACAAGAGCGAUCAGUAAUCACAUAUGUCGCCUCAUGAUGGCCAAUUUCAUGCUGGGACAAAUUUUGUGACAGACAGACGGACAGAGCACAACUAGACUUGGUACUCAUCAUUCCUGUAAAGUUUGGAUAUGAUUUGCACCAGUAGUUUAUGAGGAGUAGAGUCCGGACAAGCUUUUGCUUAUCUGGCAACACACAGAAAAAAACACCUUUUUAUCAAAGGGCCAUAAUUCGGCCAAAAAUCAUUCAACCAAAAAACUCGUGCAAUAUACGCAAGGACUUGAGCUACAGAUCAAUUCCGUAAAGUUUCAUUGAAAUUGCAUUAGUGGAAUAAGAGAAGUAGUCCGGACAAACUUUAAAAAUAAAAAUUAUUAAAGGGCCAUAACUCUGACAAAAAUCAUUGAACCGGAAAAUGCUGACAAUAUGCACAACUACACUUGGUAUUGAUCAUUCCUGUAAAGUUUGGAUGAAAUUGCACCAGUAGUUUAUGAGGAGUAGAGUCCGGACAAGCUUUUGCUUAUCUGGCAACACACAGAAAACAAGAAUUUGUAACAGAGUUACCAACGUCCCCCGCCCCGGGAGUUUUAUAUGAAGCAUAAAAUUGUGCUAUUUCAAAAGAUUGAGGUAUGGAUCUCAGGACAUUCAGUCCAAAAUCA